CACCACCCUGUCACCGGUCUACGACCACAUUACUCUCGCUUCAUCAAUUCGCCUACCAGUGCUCGCAGCCCGCAUAUACUCAGCCCCCGCCAACACCACCCCUCCCCACUUCCAGUACUCGGAGAAACACCGGAUUCUACAACCCCAACGCCAUCACUCUCGAACGCGAAAUCUUUCGAGGACGCUGCGCGCUCCACUUCUCACAUUCGCUCAAAGACUUCGAACUACCAACUCAUCCAAUGGCCGGACCAGGCGGUGGCCCCUCAAGGCGCAGUCACACCAAGUCCCGAAAGGGCUGCAAGACCUGCAAGAGGAGGCACAUUCGCUGUGAUGAGACGUUCCCGCAAUGCCGUAAUUGCACCAAGCACCAGGUGCGUUGCGACUACAUGGACAGCCCCACUGCCAUGAUGCCCGAGUCUCCGCAAGCUCCUCAGCAACCCAACCUUCUCUGGACUCCGGAGAUCGAGGCCACUAUCGAGCUGUGGAGGCAGACUGGCGAGUUUCCCUUCCCAGAGCUCCGAAUCUACCCCCAACCUCAAUGGCAAGCUUAUGCAAAGACCGACCUUCGCUUGAUUCACCACCUCUCGUCCAUCACCAACGAGAUGUUCCGAAAUAGAACCUCCAAGAUGACACUGUGGGCUGACAUGAUGCCCAAAUUCUUGAGCAUUGCAGCUUCGCAUGCAUUCGUCAUGCACUCCAUACUCGCUUUCUCCGCCUCUCACCUUGCCUGGAUCUCACAAUCCACCGAGACACGGAAUCUUGCUUUCCACCAUGCAAGCAUUGCGCUUAAGGGCCUGCACGAUGGUAUCUCGAGCUUCACUAAGAUGAAUUCGGAUGCGGUUCUAGCUUCGUCUCUUCUACUCGCCUGGCAAGCAACUGACUGGAGAGGCUGGGCUUCACUAGUUGCUGGCACAAAGACCGUCAUUCAGUCCAUGCAGCCGUGGAAGCACGAGUCGCUCUUUGCAGAUUACAUCGCAGAGCACACUCCAAUGCCGGACAGGCACUUUAUGAACCCAGUCAGCACGCCGGUCUCGCAAGAAGCACGCACACAACAAUUGAAUACGCUCGCCGAUAUCCACAACUCCCUGCAUCGCAUGCAACCGUACCUCAGCCGCAACGACCAGGAGACGAAAUGGGUCGAUCAACUCAAAGGCUACCUUGACCGAUUACGAGCAUCCAAUCAAGCCCAGACGCCAGAAGAGCAGUUCAACCAGCUUUACGCACUUCGCAAAUGGCUCUUCUGGGUACCAAUCUCCCUUCUUUCUGCCAAGCGAGGAGACGUCAACGUCCUGUGCGUUUUGGCUCAUUUUUACGCGACUGCCCUAGCUUUGGAACCAAUGUUUCCGGAUAUGGCUUCAGUCUUCGUAUCCGACCUUUCCCUUCUUCCUCUAGAGGAAAUUGUCACCGUCGUUCAGGGGUAUCAGGAUCCAAGAUACGACUCGAGGAUUCAAACCAUGUCAUAUCUAGUACAAUAUCCCAUCGACGUAGUUUCCUCGUAUAAAACUAGGAGAGAAUGGACGCGGCAACACAUUUCUGCCGUCUCUCCUGUGCAGCAACCGUCCUACGCCCUGGAAUCGAUCAACUUGGAUCUCGAGAACCAGAUCGCCCAAUACGGCAGUUACGGCCAGACUCACAGUCUCAGCCCAGCUUUUGCGCCUUCGCCUCUAGGAUUCUUGCCGCCUGGAAUGUCUUCCACACCAACUUCGCCGUUCCUCGACGUUCCGCGAACAUCGGCGGAUGCGUAUGGCUCGAGUACCUACGUCACCAGUAGCUAUCCAUCGAGCAGUUAUGCAUCAAGCAACUAUGCGUCUCCGUUGGGCUCACCUGCCAACGUGCUACUCCCGCCAUAUGCGGCGCCUCCAGAGCAUGCAUAUAGUAAUUAUGGAAUGUCUGGAUAUACCAGCGGGUUCGUGGCUACACCUAUCUGGACGUAAACGCAAGCAGACUGAACGAAAUCCCAGGAACUCCAGGCUUGCUUCUCAGCCGCCCACCAGUACAGCGUCCGUGGCCGGAUAUGCACACCACCCGAUUCCAGUCACGCAAGUCCCCUCCCAAUACAGCGACGCUGGAAGCAUGUAGCGUCUUCUAAAUCAACUCGCUAAGGAGAUAACUUCCAUGUCUGCAACGGCAAGCCCAUGUCGGAUCUAGCAAUCACAUCCUAUACGAUUUUGCACGCCCUAUCACGGCGAUCUGGCGACGUGUCGCGGCCUGUAGCAGCAGCCACUUAGCUGGUCUCGG